GUCUCUGUCUCAUGUCGUGGGCGUUCCCUUAAAGCACUCCUGCUGCCUGGACCGGGGAGCUAGCGUGCAGCGUCGUCCGUAAGCAGCAUCGACACCACGUGACGAGCUGCAACAUUGUCACCGGCUGCAGAGAGGACUGUUGCCAUCGAUCACUGGAUAAAGGAGACCGUUGUUUUUAGAUCGACAAUGGUAAUGUCUUUCCCCCCGCAGCGCCACCGCAGCAUGCGUGUCUUCAUGAACGAUGACCGGCAUGUCAUGGCCAAACACUCCGUCAUUUACCCGACCCAGGAGGAGCUGGAGAGCGUCCAGAACAUGGUGUCUCACACAGAGCGGGCGCUCAAAGCCGUCUCUGAUUGGCUGGAUAAGCAGGAGAAAGGAGGAACUAGCAAGUCUGACUCUGACGGGGCCGACACCGAUAAGGAGAGUGAUCACAAGGAUCAGGCGACGCGCUCUCUGCGGGGCGUGAUGAGGGUGGGACUGGUGGCUAAAGGGCUGCUGCUGAAGGGGGACCUGGACCUGGAGCUGGUGCUCCUCUGUAAGGACAAACCAACUAUCGGUCUGCUGAAGAAAGUGUCUGAAAACCUGGUUACACAGCUCAAGGCGACAGAAGAAAAGUACGUGGUGACUCAGCACAUCCGCGAGGCCAGCAUCGUCAUAAAAAACACAAAGGAGCCCCCGCUCAGCCUCACCAUCCACCUGACGUCCCCUCUGGUUCGAGAGGAAGUCGAGAGAGCUUCAACUGGAGAAUCGCUUUCAGUCAACGAUCCCCCGGAUGCUCUGGACAGGCAGAAAUGCCUAACUGCCUUGGCGUCUCUCCGCCACGCUAAGUGGUUCCAGGCCCGAGCUAACGGACUGCGCUCCUGCGUCAUCGUCAUCCGGAUCCUGAGGGACCUGUGCGCCCGGGUCCCCACAUGGGCCCCGCUUCGUGGCUGGCCACUGGAGCUGAUCUGUGAGAAAGCCAUCGGCACGGGGAACCGGCCAAUGGGGGCAGGAGAAGCUCUGCGGAGAGUCCUCGAGUGUCUGGCUUCAGGAAUCCUCAUGGCAGAAGGUGCUGGAGUCUCUGAUCCGUGUGAGAAGGAGCCAACGGACGCCAUCGGCCACUUGGACCAACAGCAAAGAGAAGACAUCACAGAGAGCGCACAGCAUGCCUUAAGGCUGUCGGCUUUUGGACAGCUUCAUAAAGUGCUGGGGAUGGACCCCCUCCCCUCAAAGAUGCCCAAGAAACCCCGCAGUGAGACUCCCAUCGACUACACAGUUCAAAUCCCACCGAGUACGGCUUACGCUCCACCGAUGAAGAGGCCCAUCGAGGAAGAGGAGGGGACCGACGACAAGAGUCCAAACAAGAAGAAGAAAAAGCUGCAGAAAAAAUCUCCAGAGGAGAAGGCCGAACCUCCGCAGGCGAUGAACGCUCUGAUGAGGCUCAAUCAGCUGAAGCCCGGUCUCCAGUACAAGCUGGUUUCUCAGACCGGCCCAGUUCACGUUCCGGUCUUCACCAUGUCUGUAGAAGUAGACGGGAAGGCUUUUUACGCCUCCGGUCCGUCAAAACGCACCGCCAAGCUGCACGUAGCUGUCAAGGUCCUGCAGGACAUGGGUCUGCCAACAGGAGUCGAGCUGAAGACCGCUGAGACGGUCGUGAAAUCGGAGGAGACGGUCGUAGCUAUCAAAGUGGAGGAAAUGAUGCCGCUUGUAACGCCCAUUGAAACAACCACUGCCGCCGCCGCCGCCGCCGCCACAGGAGCAGCAAACACAGAGAGCGCUGACGCUGCAGAGUCCGCCCGCCAACAGGGACCGAUCCUCACCAAGCACGGCAAGAACCCGGUGAUGGAACUGAACGAGAAGCGCCGCGGCCUGAAGUACGAGCUCAUCUCGGAGACGGGCGGCAGCCACGACAAGCGCUUCGUCAUGGAGGUGGAGAUCGACGGUCAGAAGUUUCAGGGGACGGGUUCCAACAAGAAGGUGGCCAAGGCGUACGCGGCGCUGGCUGCUCUGGAGCGACUGUUUCCAGAAGGCGCCGUCGCCGAGGCGGCUAAAAAGAAGAAGGGACCGCCGAUGCACGCUCCGGGAUUCGGCAUGAUGGGAGCGCCCGGAGCCGGAGACGCAGCUCCCCCGCGGGGUCGAGGGAGAGGAGGACGAGGAGGUCGAGGAAGGGGGAGGGGCUUCAAUAACGGAGGAGGAUACGGCCAAGGAGGUGGAUUCGGAACGUACGGAUACGGGAACAGUCAGAACUCCGGAUACAAUUACUACAACAACGGCGGCACAAACGGAGGAGCGGGGGCGUCGAGCAGCCCCUCAGGCGGCGGCCCUCCAGCCAGCACAGCUCCAGGAUCAGCUCAGGGCUCAUUUGGCUCCUUCUACCAGAACGACGGCGCCUACACUGCCACGCCUGCCGCCAAAACCGCCAAAAAGAAACCCCCAAUGCACAAGGGAGGGAAGGCACCAUUUCCUGGACCCCCGGGGGGGAAUGCUGGACCUGCAGGGGCGUACCAGUCCAGCAGUCCACAGGGCCAGGGCGCUUAUAACCAGUACGGCCAGGGUUACGGGCAGGGGAAGAAGAGUUUCAACCAGAACCAGGCGGGGACGGGGGGGUACACGUACAGCACGGCCUACCCGAGUCAGGUGACGGGGGGCACGGGAGACUACAGCUAUGAAGGUUUCAACAGCCAGACGAGUUACAGCCCACAAGCCGGAGGCGGAGCUAACCAGGGCUUUGGAAACAACCACUCUCAGUACCACAACCAGUCGAGCUACGGCCGAGGGGACGGAAACAUGAACUACCAGUACAGGUAGACUGAGCGACACGCACCCUGCCGUUAGUGUCUCCAAAGAGCGUGCUGGACGCCCCCCCGACCGCGCUCUCUGCCUUCUCCAUGUUUGCUUCUGACGUGAUGCUCGAGUUUUAACCCCGCGGGCACAAAGGGGAGACUUUGUGUGGACUUUGUGAGCGUCAGAGCCGAGUCUUAGUCGUCUGUGUCGGUGCGUCGUCUCGGUGUUUUUAGGUUCAAUCAUAUUUUUGUUUUUAACUUCUGCUUCCUGUCGGCGUCCUGGUCACUGAAUACGAGCGCUGAGGGCGGCGCAUCGCUCCGACUUUGUUUGGUUUUUCUUAAAGAGUCGUGUGGUGACGGAUUUUAUUUCUUCCGUGAAAUCAGUCAAAUCUUGUAGUUUUGAACUACCGAGGUUGUUGUAUUUUUUGUAUGGAUUCUCUAGACUAUGACUAGCUGGUUCUUUUCCCGCUCUGCCUGUAAUUUUUGGCUUCUUUUGUAACAGUGUUAUAGUUAUUUUAAUAAAUGGUUUUUGAGAUUACUGGAAAAA